AUGGAAUUUGACCCCAGUCCAGAUGAUUUUGCAACCAUGUUGGCAAAUAGGAGUCUUUGCUGGUUGCGCGCCGGGAAUGGAAGAACUGCUCUCUCCGAUGCUACUAUGUGCAGAUCGGCACGACCUCAUUGGCCAAAGGCCUGUUAUCGGCAGGGGGCAGCUUUUAUGUUAAUGAAGGAAUAUGAGAAAGCAUGUGAGGCUUUUGCAGAUGGCUUGAAGCUUGACCCUACAAAUGGUGAAAUUGCAAAAGCUUUAAGGGAAGCCCGUGAGGCAGCGAAGAAUGCUUGUUGACCGCAAAAGUAACCGACAUCAGUCGUACCCGUAGAAAUUUUAGGCUUUGUUUUGUUGCUAGCACCAGGAUAAUUGCGCAGCUGUCCUUUUGCCUAGUCUUAAAACUCUUGGCAGGAAUAUAUAUGCAAACGUUUUGCGCUUUUGAAGAAUUCUGUGGCACUCAUCAUGUGUAAAUAUGCCUGGAUGAACCCUCUAACUGUAGUAUGUUAGUUUCAGUUUACCCAGUUAAAAUCA